UCGGGAGGCCAGGGCUUCUAAUGUCGCCUUUCAACCACAGACGAGGCAAGAACAAUGAGGCGAAAGUUACAGCCUUUCCCUGGUCCUUUUCAGCCGGCGGAACGCAGGUGCUGGGGGCUUCAGGCGCGGAGGGGACCCGAGAGGCACGGACACACGGCCCGGCAGUUGCCUGGUAACGCCCGCUGGAGGAAUCCCAGCGUAAUUAGGUCCCAGAGAAGUAUCCCCGGCCCUGAGCGCGACCCGGUGGCGCGUUCUCUCGGUGCCCGUGGUCUGUCCCCGCGGCUUGGCGGGCGAGGGCAGGGGAAAUGUUGCAGGAAGAGUCGGAUCUGUCCCUCAUUAUUGCCCAGAUAGUCCAAAAGCUUAAGGGCUCCAAUCUGUACGCUCAGCUGGAACGGCAGGCCUGGGCCAGCCUUCAGAGACCUGAAAUUAAACUUGAAUCACUAAAAGAAGACAUUAAGGAAUACUUUAAAGUAUCAGGUUGGGAGAAGAAACUUCAGAAUGCUGUUUAUAGUGAACUGAACGUGUAUCCUUUACCUAGUCAUCCUGCUGCACCUCCUGAACAUCUCAAGGAACCUUUGGUAUACAUGAGGAAAGCUCAGGGAAGUUGGGAAAAAAGAAUUUUGAAGAGUUUAAAUAGUAUGUGCACUGAACUGAGUAUCCCAUUGGCACGAAAGAGACCAGUUGGAGAACAAAAAGAACUUCUCAAUAAAUGGAAUGAAAUGGGAACUGAUGAACCAGAUUUAAGCCUUUUCCGACCUGUAUAUGCACCUAAGGAUUUUCUUGAGGUAUUAAUUAAUCUUCGCAACCCAAAUUAUGAAAAUGGUGAUUCUCUUAGUUUCAGGACUCAUUUGGGUUUAAUCCAAGUUCCUCUGAAAGUAAAAGACAUUCCUGAAUUGAAAGAAUGCUUUGCAGAACUUGGCUUAAAUACAGGGCAGCUGGGUAUAGAUGAUUCUACACAAGUGCCUCCUGAACUUUUUGAAAAUGAACAUGUACGUAUUGGGCAAAAAGUUCUAGCAGAACAAGAUAGUGCUGCUGCUCAACAGUACAUCAGACAAGGCAGUCCCACAGCACUAAGAGCUGAAUUGUGGGCCCUCAUUUUGAAUAUUUCCAGUCAACCUGAGGACAUCUUGUAUUAUGAGCAACUUAAGAUGAAUGUGAUACAACAUGACCUUUUGGUGGACAGUCUAAUAUAUAAAGAUGUAAAGUUGACAGCAAGCAAUGAUGAUUAUUAUUUUGUAUUUGAAGAUUAUUUAUAUCAGGUAUUACUUUGUUUUUCCCGGGAUACGUCAGUAUUGGGUCACUUUGCAUACAACAGUGCUUCACCACCAAAAUCAUACAUAAGAGGAAAACUAGGAUUAGAAGAAUAUGCCGUCUUUUAUCCACCAAAUGGUGUCAUCCCUUUUCAUGGAUUUUCCAUGUAUGUUGCACCACUUUGUUUUCUAUAUCAUGAACCUUACAAAUUGUAUCAGAUAUUCCGUGAGAUGUAUGUACGUUUUUUCUUCAGACUCCAUUCCAUCUCUUCUCAUCCUUCUGGUAUUGUGUCACUCUGUUUGCUGUUUGAGACCCUUCUUCAAACAUAUCUCCCUCAACUCUUUUAUCAUCUACGUGAAAUUGGGGCUCAACCACUUCGCAUAUCAUUUAAAUGGAUGGUUCGAGCUUUCUCUGGAUACUUAGCUACAGACCAGCUUUUGCUUUUGUGGGAUAGAAUCCUAGGAUAUAACUCUCUGGAAAUUCUUGCUGUCCUGGCAGCUGCUGUGUUUGCUUUCCGAGCAGUGAACCUGAUGGAGGUGACAUCACUGGCUGCAGCUGAAGCAGUCCUUGCUGACCUUUCUACUUUAAAAGUUAUGCCACUUCUUCAAAUUUUCCUGUUUGCUACUGUCACCUGAUUUCUUCAAGGUCAUUGACAAGACAUCUAGUUUUUCAUUAGAAACUAAUCAUGAACUAUGCAAACUCUGCAUAAAACCAAAAUUAAAUUUUGCAUAUAAGCCAAUAAAGAUCAUGUUCCCUCCUGUUAAAGCUAAGUCAUUUUUCACUUUUUGAAACAAUAAUUCUGCACACCAAAUAUUGCAUUGCAUGCUGCUGAUUUUCAAGAGAGAAGCAAUAAACAUAACUUAUGCUACAUUGAGCUUACUAUAUCUAUAAUCCUGACUUGUUAAAGGCUUGUAAAAAUAUAUGCAAUAAGAACUAAAGAUGCUGUAAUAAACUUCAAGAGGUCAUGUA